GAGAAGCAAUGGACGCUUGAGGGAACACGAAAUUCACUUUACACUUUUCACUUCACACCACUCACUUGUAAAAAAAUGAAUAUCAAUUAUUUUUGUAUGAACAAGUUAUAGCCGGCCUCAAAUUAUCAGUCAUUCAUAUUUUAUUUUUGAAAGAAAAUUGUACUAAAUUCAACUCGGAGACUUUUCCUUGUGAUCCUUUGUAUUUUCUAUUGCAUGGCGAGUGCAACUACCCGGUUAUGACUAUACCCAGAUAUGACCUCCACCCAGCUAGAACCUCAAAACUAGACAAUUUAUCAACGAUAUGCAGUGAUUUGAGAAAAUGUUCUUAAAUAGCUGUGUUUUCGUUAUUUGAAAAUCGCCGGAUUAGUUGUUGUGCAUGAUUCACAAGAAAACUAUAUCUGGAUAACUGACAUGGCAUGAAACAGAAUUUGUGAUUAAUUAGAUAUAACAGUAACAAUAAACAUGUACUCAACAAAACGUCGAAUAAAAACUGUAUAUUUUAAACCGAAAUUUCUCAUGGAUUUUAAAAAACUUUACUAAAAUAGCCUAUUGCAUAAUUUUUGAGUUUAAAGUUGAAGCAGUCGAUAUUUACAUUUGGCCUACAAACAUACUACAUAAAACUAUAAAUUGGGAAAUAAGCGGAUCGAUCGUAGAGGGUAAAAAUGUUUACGGACUAUGGGAACUUGCCCCCAAAUCAUGCUCCAACAUACAGUGAUGUGUCGGUGAAUCCCUUUUCGGCCGCAGCUAGUCUUGAUAUGGAUCAAUAUUCAAGUGCUGAAGAUCGCGCCAGGUAUCCAAGUCAUAUGGCGUAUCCAAUGUCACCGGAAGUGGGCGAGAUGAAUGAAGCAACUAAUCUACAUGGCUUGUACCCAAGUGGUGGUGGCGGGGGAACAGGCUGGGGCGAUGACGCAACAGGCACUGGCGGUGGCACUGGACCCUCAGGGUAUGGUUAUGGUGCGCCCUAUGGCGACGGAGCUGGCGGUUAUGACUAUCAUCCUGCACAUGCACCGGUACAUGUGCCUACCGGUGGCUCGCAUUCACAUCAUGCCACAGCCGGUAGCGGUUAUGGCGGCUAUGCACCACCUCCGCCAAAGAUCUAUGCCCGUCCCCAUCCGACCGUGCCGACCAAGGGCUUCAAAAAGAAGCAUAGCUCCAGCGACAGUAAUGCCUCCACAAUGAACGCACUAACAUUGUUGGCGUUCUUUUUCUUUGUGAAUCUGCUGCAGAGCUGCCUCAAGGAGAAUAUGGAGGCGAUGAAUCCCACUGUGAUGGUGAUGACAACGAAUAUGGUGCGCAAUCGCAACACGAAGCUGGCGGAAAUGAACUCGCGUGAGCAGAGCAAUUCGCCAGCGUCGGCAUUCACAUCGGGUGCGAAUAUUGUUGUGCAGCCGGAGACUUUGGUGUCGGCGGGCAGCAGCUCAGUGGCGGCGGGAGCGCCCGGUUUGGCCAGUGUGACGCUACAAACAUCACCAUACAGUGAUGGUGGAGGCGGCGGUGGUGCCGCAGCUGGUGUGUCGACUGCAGUGAAUGUUGGCAACAAUAACGCUGGCGGCGCUGGCCUUACCAGUAGCAAUAACCACAUUAGUAAUUAUAACAAUAACAAUCACGGUGGCAGCGAUAAUGGCAAUCGCCAACCCGGAGAACCCCAAUACAGUUAUGGCACCAACGGUGUCAACAGUGGACAACAGCAUCAUGGCGGCGCAGCGGUAAUGCAGAGCCAGCACAACCAGAACGUGAACAGCAACAAUAAUAAUCAAGCAUACGGUGCUAGCCAUCAUGGUGACACUUAUCCUUUUUCACCCACGCCAACCAUAAUAACGGCUAAUCGGGAUCCACGCCCAGAGUUGUAUGACCCACCCUAUUUGUACCGGAAUCAAACAAUAAACUCCGCCACCAGUCUCAACCAACAACAUUAUUACCAACAGCAGCUCCAACAGCAUCACCAGCAUCACCAGCAACAACGUCCAUAUCCACCCGAGCAAUUUGAAGAGGAGGGGUAUGAAGCUCAGUCUCCACAACAACAGCCGCCGUCUCAAAUUCAACAGCCCCAGCAACAUGACCGUCCCGUUCAAAUUCAGUUUCAACAACAACAACACUACCCUGAAAAUCGUCCAAAUGACAACUAUGCACAACAACAACAAACAGAUGAUCACGAAAACUAUCACGAGCAUCACCAUUAUCAGCAAUCGGUUCCUCACCCGCCACAUGAUCACUUCCAGCACCAUUAUCCCGCUCAGCACCCUCAACAACAUUCUUCGUUCCAUUCUCAUCAACACCAAAAUUAUGGCAGUAAUCGUCGUCCAUCACCUCCCAAUAGGGGCUAUAGUGAAGCAUCGCAUCCAUGGUCCUACAGCCCGGCUUCUUCACCAUUUAGACGUGGCUCGAGCAGCUCUCCACUGUCAUCGUAUACCUGGUCUUCAGACUCUUCAAAGCGUCACGUGAGUGGAAAUAAUAACUUUGGUGACCACGACGAUGAUGACGAUCGCCGAUAUGACGACUCCUUCUAUACACGUUCUGAGAGAAAAGUAUAGAAAACUAGCAACUUAAUAAUUAUUUAAAUGAUUUUGAAGGACCUUGCUUAAUAAAAGUCAAGAUAUUUUAGCUUGAACUA